AUGAAAGAUCUAACUGGUUGUGUAUGUCUUGUUACGGGAGCUACUCGUGGCAUUGGUAAAGGCAUAGCAAUAUCUUUAGGAAAGUCUGGAGCCACAGUGUAUUUAACUGGACGAACAUCAGUGCCGCUUAAUGGCGGAGUUGGCGGUAGUCUCCAGGAAACGUCAGAUAUCAUCAAUAACUUUGGUGGUAAAGCUAUUCCUGUUAUGGUUGAUCAUUCUAAUGAAAAUGAAAUAGGAAAUCUAUUUCAUCAGAUUGAUCGUGAACAAAAAGGUCGCUUAGAUAUCGUAGUUAACAAUGCAUAUAGUGCUGUAACAUUUUUACAGAAAAAUAUGGGGAAACCGUAUUAUGAAAUUACAGGCAUAUCUCCAGGGGAAGCUUGGGAUGUUGUUAAUGAUACUGGUCUAAAGAAUCACUAUAUUUGUUCUGUUUUGGCUACUCGAAUGAUGAUUGAAUACCAGAAAAAAACAAAUCCAAGUUCAGCCCGACCUGGUUUGAUCGUAAAUAUCACUUCUAUCGGUGGAAAAAUCUAUCUUUUUAACGUGUCUUAUGGAAGUGGUAAAGCAGCACUAGAUCGCAUGACUCAUGAUAUGGCGUACGAAUUAAGAAGGGAAAAUGUUAACAUUUCGAUUGUCGGAAUUUCUCCUGGAUUAGUUCGUACAGAGCAUAUUCUUGACGCUGCUUCUAAAGGUUCUCUCACAAUGAAUAUAGAAAACAGUGAAUCUCCUGAGUUAGUUGGUCGCGUAGUAGUAGGUAUGGCUGCUGAAUCACCCAAGAAACUACUUUCUCGGUCAGGUCAUAUAUUCCUUGUUAGUGAUUUAGCUGAGGAAUACGGUAUACACGAAGAUUGUGGUCGAGAAAUCGUAAACGUGAGGUCUUUGAAAUAUCUUCUUUCAUAUAAAGGCUACUAUAUUGCUAAGUUUAUACCCAGUUUUAUUCGAAUACCAGAAUGGUUGUUCUAUAUAAUAUUAAAAUAUAGAUGA